AUGGCAACUCCAUCUCCAUCACCUAUUAAAAAUGAACUAGGAGACGAAUUGUAUUUCACUCAUGAACCACAUUCACCAAACACAUCUACAUAUGAUACAUCCCUUGAGAAUAUUAUGCCACCUCACACAGGUCAAGUGCUUUCAACAUCAUCAUCUAUUGAUGUUGAUGCGCCAGUUUCAUCAUCCAAUGAAACGACAUUUGAUCUUUUACAUGGUUUUUCAGCUCCAACACUACCCGUUUAUAUUAAUAUGGGCUUAAAUGAACAUGCCGAUGAUGUUCAGUUUGCUGGACGUACAACAAAUCAACAAUUAUCACAGUCAUUAGCAGCUAUCGACGUUGAUCAUACAGCAGUUCCGACAACCGUUCAAAGAUAUAGUCAACAUCAUCACCAUCAUUUUCCACAUCAUCAACAAAAUCGGAAUCGUUAUCCCUAUUUGCAAAGAUCAUUGAUUGCAAAAGCACAACAACGAGCAGAAGUUUCAACAACUAGCCCAAGUACUUUAUCCUAUUAUGAACAACGACCUGCUUUUCGACGUUCUUAUUUUGCUUUACGAAGACAAAGAAUACCUAGAGCUCCACCAAUGCCUAAACAUCUAUUUCCUGGUUAUAAACAAAACAGAACAUCAACAUCAACAACGGGACGUACCGGAGAUGAUAACGAAAAUGUAGAAGAAGAAGAAGGCAAGUUCAUGGUUCUUUUAAAUAAAUAUCAUUCGUUUCCAUGA